AUGCUCUGCACGCCCGGACUUGGGACGGAAAAUGUGGGCACGAUGCCCAACAGCAGCACUACUUACCAAACCCAGUGCCUGUUCAUCUGUGGCAAGAGUUGCUAUCCUUUGGGGACAAUCGGCCAUCACAUCUUAUCAUGUUGUGCCGUUGCUGCGUCGCUGCACCCUUCUGGGCUGCUUGCGGCGAUUUGCAAAUUCGUUCAAAGGAUGGUCGUAGUUGAUUCCCGAGUGAGGCUCGCCCAAGGGUCCCUAUUCCGUCUGUUCAAAGUGGCCUGGUGGCGAUGCUGGUCCUCAACAGCUUUCCGUGAAACCACACUCGGGUCUUCUUGUAUUCAAAGUGGCAUGGUGGCCACGUUGGCCUUCAACGGCUUCCUGUGA